UCAACGCGGAAGUGAAAGGAAAAGAGCGUUUCCUGGUUGUCGGUUUGACACUUGUUUCAGAUCGCUUCGCAUUCACACACACGGAGCUGAUAUCGGAGCUGGUAUCGGAGCUGGUAUCGCCGCAGACAUGAGCUCUUUGGCCUUUAAGGCCCUCUUACUGGACAUCUCCAGUGGACUCUCCGACAAGGACCUGGAGUCUUUGAAGUACCUAUGCGGAGACGUCAUCGGUAAACGGGACCGGGAGAAGUGCACCACGGGGACCCAACUGUUCCAGAUCCUCACGGAGAGAGGCAAGCUCGGACCCGACAACACGGGCUACCUGUGCGACCUGCUCACCGAGGUCAAGCGCCUGGACCUGUGCGAGAAACUGCAGCACUUCAGCGGGGACGCGCUCGUGCACACAGACAAGCUGGACGAUGCAGCUGAGGUGCUGUCUGAACACUUGGGGCGUUGGUGGCGUAAGUUGGGCCGUAAGCUGGGUAUGAGCGAGGUUAAACUGGACUCUAUCUCCAGGAAGCACCCCACCGACCUGGAGGAGACUGCCCGGGAGCUGCUGCAGCAGUGGAGGAAGAGCAGAGGAGAGCAGGCCACUGCGGAAGUCCUGAUUCAAGCUCUCAGGGACUGUGACCUCAACCUGACUGCAGACACAGUGGAGGACCGACUAGCGCUCUCUGACCAAGCUGUGACCAAACUAUGACUCCCAUCUGCUCCAGGCUCUCCUUGAGGCACUCCUCCAGGCUCUGACCAGUCUCCUCCUGCUCCUGGCCACUCUAUUUACAGCCUCUGAGGGACUGUGAGCUCACCGUGAUCCAGACACAGUGGAGAACCGGCUCUCGAUAUUCUAAAACUGCAGACUGAAGUCACUGCACUCUCACACCAGCAGCAGUGCAAGUCUUGCACCCAUUUUACCAUUUUCUAUUAUAACAAAUGAUGACUAAUGUGAGUUUAAUGAUUAGUUAACUAAGUUUAUAAUAAAUAAAUAUUAUAAAAAAAGAAACAGCCGUAUUGUCUUGGACAACAUAGGCCUGUGGUACCUAUAAAUGCUUGUUUUUCAGCAUAGUCAAACUGAGCUAGAAUCGGGUUAGGUUUAGGACAGGGUUAUGGGGAAGGUUAUGGUUAGGAAAUUGAGUAAGGUUAGGGUCAUUAGGGUCAUUAUUAAACUGUAUUAAGACGUGCAGCUGAUGUACUAUGUUCCUCCACUUGUACAAUAUUGGCUACUCAGUGUGUUCUGAGACUGCCGGUGUGAGGGUGUCCUGCCCCUCUGACCAACUCUGCUCCAAAUUGGGAGCUAAACUGGACAACAGAGGACAGCCUGACCACAGACCACGUGGGGUACCAUUUUUAAAACUUUAAACUCAGCUGGACUUCCAACUCUGAGGUUCCCUGGUGCAGAUGGCAAUGAGGGGGCAGUGGAGAUACAGCGACAGCAUGAUGAGAAGAGCAAACAUGUUCCACAGAGCCGCUGAAGAACAUCUGAAAUUUGUGUUCUGUCAUCUGUCAAUCAGUGUUCUGUCCUCAGUGUCAUACACAACUUCCCGGGUUCAGGGAGACUGAUUUAUUUGUCUUACAUGCUUUGUGACUAAGAAGAAAAUAAAGCCUGAAGUGCUGAUUAUUUAA